AUACACACACACACACAGGCUACAUGCGUACAUAUGCAUACAUAUACUGUGCACGUACGUACACACACACAUGCAUGCAUACACACAUGCAUAUAUACAUACAUACAUACAUGCAGAUAGAUAGAUAGAUAGAUUUAUAGAUAGAUCGCGCCCCCCCCCACACACACACACACAUUCAGAUCGACGAAUUGGUUACAACUACAGAUGUUUCUGUUUCUAGAAAUGUCUGUAAAUCUCUCUCACUGACUACUUCGUCCCGAUCAGAUUCAAAAUGGUCAAAGCAUGAUCUACAUAGGCUAUGAUCUAUAUAUGAUCUACAUUUUCUCCGAUCCUUCCAUGUAUGCCGAUCGUCUUCUAUUCGCACCCUAAAGACCCGAGAGUCCCGUAACUCAUUCAGGACAUGCGCUAGGGCUUUCCUUACCAUAAUACACCUAGAACACAGAUUGCCGUAAAAACUCGUCAAUGGCGGGGAAGCGUUGUCUCUUAAUUGACGAGAUAUCUCGUCAAUGGCGGGGAAAGAGUUCAUAUAAAAUAAAUAUGUGUAGAAAUUUGCUUAAUCCAAAAUGUCAAAAAAUGCUAUUAUUCAUUAUAGUUCAUUUUAAGCAUUGUGUAAUCUUAAUUAAUGUGCAACCACACUGAAGUGUUACCGAUACAUUAAUAACAGCAGUCAUAGGCUAUAUGAUUCCAUAGUGCAUUUAAUUAUUUGUGCAGCAAAUCUUCAUCGCCCUCCACUAAUCUUCAUCUUCCUCAGAAUUAUUUCUGCAUUUGUAAGGUUUGUUGAAUUGUUCCCACUACUGUUGUGGAACUAUUCCAAAAUUUCCAGGUUAACACCCUGUAUUUUUCUUGGCUUGUGCCUUAACUUCCUUGUUUUGAACUUUUUUUUUUUUUUUUUUUUUGUUAGUUAGUUUAAUACUUUGAAAGGUCUCAUGCUGCUUUGAUUGCCUUGAUGCAGAAAGAGCCAAGUACGUAUUUAGAGUUUAUGAGGAAACAUCUUAUCCAGACUUCCCUUCCUCUGUUUGGUCUCUGUUUUCAUCAUUUCACUUCUGAUGGACGAGAGACUCAGUGGAACACGGUGUUGCUAUGGUGAUGUCAGUCAGAAUGGCUCCUGAUCUUCCUCUGAUCGUGUUCCUCUUAAUUCACAGUGCGUCUAGUGCUGAUUGGGGUGUAAGUUACAAUCAUUCACAGAUCUGUGCACUAAAGAACUCAUCAGUGAUGAUGAACUGCAUGUAUACAUACCCUACUGGAUAUCAGAUCAGGAAUGUGUCUUGGACCAAAAACCCUGUAAAGGGUGUAGAGCCUCCAGAUCUGUCUGAGGACCCUGAAUACAGUCAGAGGCUUCAGUAUCUCGGAGAUAAACAGCAGAACUGCACCAUCAGACUGAGUCAUGUGACACAAAAAGAUGAAAAUGAGUUCUGUUUCAGAUUCAUCGCUGAUAAACAUAAUUCAUUCAAUUUUAUGAACAUUAAAAAUUGGUUUGGCGCUUCCAAAUCCACAACUGAUGUGACAUGGAUUGGAACUCCAGGAGUAACUCUUACUGUCACAGAUCUUCAGGUGGAGUCUCCUGAGAGAGUGACAGAGGGAGAUUCAGUCUGUCUGACAUGUAAAAGCACCUGUGCUCUGACUGACGGAGCAACAUUCAUCUGGUACAGAAACUCACAGCCAUUAACUGAGAGAAGAGACAGAAACAAUCAACUCCUGCUGCAGUCAGUCAGAAGAGAGGAUGCAGGCAGAUAUAGCUGUGCUCUACAUGGACAUACUUACAUCUCUCCUGCUGUUCAUCUCAAUGUCACAUAUCCUCCAAAGGAGGCUUUAGUAGUAGUAGUGAGUCCAUCUGGUGAAAUAGUGGAGGGAAAUUCAAUGACUCUGAGCUGCAGCAGUGAUUCAAACCCACCUGCAGAAAUCAGCUGGUUUAAAGGAGGAACAACUGUAGGAUCUGGAAGAAUCUACAGCAUCUUAAACAUCAGUUCUGAUCACAGUGGAGAAUACAAGUGCAAGUCCAGCAAUGAACAUGGAAAUAAAUACUCUGAUGCUGUGACUUUAAACGUCAUGUACCCUCCCAGGAGUUUCUCAGUGUCCAUCAGUCCAUCUGGUGAAAUAGUGGAGGGAGAUUCAGUGACUCUGAACUGCAGCAGUGAUUCAAACCCACCUGCAGAAAUCAGCUGGUUUAAAGGAAGAACAUUUGUAGCAUCUGGAAGAAUCUACAGGAUCUCAAAGAUAAGAUCUGAUCACAGUGGAGAAUACAAGUGCAAGUCCUCCAAUGAACUUGGAAAGAAAUACUCUGCUGUGAAUUUAAACGUCGAAUAUCCACCAAAGAACGUCUCAGUAUCCUUAAAUGGAUCUGGGAAAAUAGUGGAGGGAGAUUCAGUGACUCUUAUUUGCAGCAGUGAUUCAAACCCACCUGCAGAAAUCAGUUGGUUUAAAGGAGGAACGUUUGUAGGAUCUGGAAGAAUCUACAGCAUCUCAAAGAUCAAAUCUGAUCACAGUGGAGUAUACAAGUGCAAGUCCAUCAAUGAGCAUGGAGAGAAACACUCUAAUGCUGUGACUUUAAAUGUCAUGUACCCACCCAGAAGCAUCUCAAUGUCCAUCAGUUCAUCUGGUGAAAUAGUGGAGGGAGAUUCAGUGACUCUGAGCUGCAGCAGUGAUUCAAACCCACCUGCAGAAAUCAGCUGGUUUAAAGGAAGUAAAUUUGUAGGAUCUGGCAGAAUCUACAGCAUCUCAAAGAUCAGCUCUGAUCACAGUGGACAAUACAAGUGCAAGUCCAUCAAUGAACAUGGAAAUAAAUACUCUGAUGCUGUGACUUUAAAUGUCAUCUACCCACCCAAGAGUGUCUUGGUGUCCAUCAGUCCAUGUGGUGAAAUAAAGGAGGGAGAUUCAGUGACUCUGAACUGCAGCAGUGAUUCAAACCCACCUGCAGAAAUCAGCUGGUUUAAAGGAGGAACGUUUCUAGGAUCUGGAAGAAUCUACAUCAUCUCAAAGAUCAGCUCUGAUCACAGUGGAGAAUACAAGUGCAAGUCCAGAUAUAAACAUGGAGAGAAAUACUCUGAUGCUGUGACUUUAAACAUCAUGUAUGCACCGAAGAACAUCUCAGUGUCCAUCAGUCCAUCUGGUGAAAUAAAGGAGGGAGAUUCAGUGACUCUGAGCUGCAGCAGUGAUUCAAACCCACCUGCAGAAAUCAGCUGGUUUAAAGGAGGAAUGAUUGUAAGAUCUGCAAGAAUCUACAGCAUCUCAAAGAUCAGCUCUGAUCACAGUGGAGAAUACAAGUGCAAGUCCAGGAAUAAACAUGGCGAGAAAUACUCUGAUGCUGUGACUUUAAACGUCACGUACCCACCCAAGAGAGUCUCAGUGUCCAUCAGUCCAUCUGGUGAAAUAAAGGAGGGAAAUUCAGUGACUCUGAGCUGCAGCAGUGAUUCAAACCCACCUGCAGAAAUCAGCUGGUUUAAAGGAGGAAUGAUUGUAGGAUCUGGAAGAAUCUACAGCAUCUCAAAGAUCAGCUCGGGUCACAGUGGAGAAUACAAGUGCAAGUCCAGCAAUAAACAUGGAGAUAAAUACGCUGAUGCUGUGACUUUACACGUCAUGUAUGCACCGAAGAACAUCUCAGUGUCCAUCAGUCCAUCUGGUGAAAUAAAGGAGGGAGAUUCAGUGACUCUGAGCUGCAGCAGUGAUUCAAACCCACCUGCAGAAAUCAGCUGGUUUAAAGGAGGAAUGAUUGUAAGAUCUGCAAGAAUCUACAGCAUCUCAAAGAUCAGCUCUGAUCACAGUGGAGAAUACAAGUGCAAGUCCAGGAAUAAACAUGGCGAGAAAUACUCUGAUGCUGUGACUUUAAACGUCACGUUGACUCUGAGCUGCAGCAGUGAUUCAAACCCACCUGCAGAAAUCAGCUGGUUUAAAGGAGGAAUGAUUGUAGGAUCUGGAAGAAUCUACAGCAUCUCAAAGAUCAGCUCUGAUCACAGUGGAGAAUACAAGUGCAAGUCCAGCAAUAAACAUGGAGAUAAAGACUCCGAUGCUGUGACUUUACACGUCAUGUAUGCACCAAAGAACAUCUCAGUUUCCAUCAGUCCAUCUGGUGAAAUAAUUGAGGGAAAUUCAGUGACUCUGAGCUGCAGCAGUGAUUCAAACCCACCUGCUCUGAACUUCACCUGGUUUAAAGGAGAAACAUUUGUAGGAUCUGGAAGAAUCUACAACAUCUCAAAGAUCAGCUCUGAUCACAGUGGAGAAUACAAGUGCAGAUCCAGAAAUAAACAUGGAGAUAAAGACUCUGAUGCUGUGACUUUAAACGUCAUGUACCCACCCAGGAGCGUCUCAGUGUCCAUCAGUCCAUCUGGUGAAAUAGUGGAGGGAAGUUCAGUGACUCUGAGCUGCAGCAGUGAUUCAAACCCACCUGCAGAAAUCAGCUGGUUUAAAGGAGGAAUGAUUGUAGGAUCUGGAAGAAUCUACAGCAUCUCAAAGAUCAGCUCGGGUCACAGUGGAGAAUACAAGUGCACGUCCAGGAAUAAACAUGGAUAUAAAUACGCUGAUGCUGUGACUUUACACGUCAUGUAUGCACCGAAGAACAUCUCAGUGUCCAUCAGUCCAUCUGGUGAAAUAAAGGAGGGAGAUUCAGUGACUCUGAGCUGCAGCAGUGAUUCAAACCCACCUGCAGAAAUCAGCUGGUUUAAAGGAGGAAUGAUUGUAAGAUCUGCAAGAAUCUACAGCAUCUCAAAGAUCAGCUCUGAUCACAGUGGAGAAUACAAGUGCAAGUCCAGGAAUAAACAUGGCGAGAAAUACUCUGAUGCUGUGACUUUAAACGUCACGUACCCACCCAAGAGAGUCUCAGUGUCCAUCAGUCCAUCUGGUGAAAUAAAGGAGGGAAAUUCAGUGACUCUGAGCUGCAGCAGUGAUUCAAACCCACCUGCAGAAAUCAGCUGGUUUAAAGGAGGAAUGAUUGUAGGAUCUGGAAGAAUCUACAGCAUCUCAAAGAUCAGCUCUGAUCACAGUGGAGAAUACAAGUGCAAGUCCAGCAAUAAACAUGGAGAUAAAGACUCCGAUGCUGUGACUUUACACGUCAUGUAUGCACCAAAGAACAUCUCAGUUUCCAUCAGUCCAUCUGGUGAAAUAAUUGAGGGAAAUUCAGUGACUCUGAGCUGCAGCAGUGAUUCAAACCCACCUGCUCUGAACUUCACCUGGUUUAAAGGAGAAACAUUUGUAGGAUCUGGAAGAAUCUACAACAUCUCAAAGAUCAGCUCUGAUCACAGUGGAGAAUACAAGUGCAGAUCCAGAAAUAAACAUGGAGAUAAAGACUCUGAUGCUGUGACUUUAAACGUCAUGUACCCACCCAGGAGCGUCUCAGUGUCCAUCAGUCCAUCUGGUGAAAUAGUGGAGGGAAGUUCAGUGACUCUGAGCUGCAGCAGUGAUUCAAACCCACCUGCAGAAAUCAGCUGGUUUAAAGGAGGAAUGAUUGUAGGAUCUGGAAGAAUCUACAGCAUCUCAAAGAUCAGCUCGGGUCACAGUGGAGAAUACAAGUGCACGUCCAGGAAUAAACAUGGAUAUAAAUACGCUGAUGCUGUGACUUUACACGUCAUGUAUGCACCAAAGAACAUCUCAGUGUCCAUCAGUCCAUCUGGUGAAAUAAUUGAGGGAAAUUCAGUGACUCUGAGCUGCAGCAGUGAUUCAAACCCACCUGCUCUGAACUUCACCUGGUUUAAAGGAGAAACAUUUGUAGGAUCUGGAAGAAUCUACAACAUCUCAAAGAUCAGCUCUGAUCACAGUGGAGAAUACAAGUGCACGUCCAUCAAUGAACAUGGAGAGAAAUACUCUGAUGCUGUGACUUUAAACAUCAUGUACCCACCCAGGAGCGUCUCAGUGUCCGUCAGUCCAUCUGGUGAAAUAGUGGAGGGAAAUUCAGUGACUCUGAGCUGCAGCAGUGAUUCAAACCCACCUGCAGAAAUCAGCUGGUUUAAAGGAGGAACGUUUGUAGGAUCUGGAAGAAUCGACAGCAUCUCAAACAUCACCUCGGAUCACAGUGGAGAAUACAAGUGCAAGUCCAUCAAUGAACAUGGAAAGACAUGGUCUGAUGCUGUGACUUUACACGUCAUGUAUGCACCAAAGAACGUCUCAGUGUCCAUCAGUCCAUCUGGUGAAAUAGUGGAGGGAAAUUCAGUGACUCUGAGCUGCAGCAGUGAUUCAAACCCACCUGCUCUGAACUUCACCUGGUUUAAAGGAGAAACAUUUGUAGGAUCUGGAAGAAUCUACAGCAUCUCAAAGAUCAGAUCUGAUCACAGUGGAGAAUACAAGUGCAAGUCCAGAAAUAUACAUGGAAAGAAAUACUCUGAUGUUGUGACUUUACACGUUAUGUACUCUCCAAAAACUGUCUCAGUGUCCAUAAAUGGAUCUGGUGAAAUAGUGGAGGGAGGUUCAGUGACUCUGAUCUGCAGCAGUGAUUCAAACCCACCUGCUCUGAACUUCAGCUGGUUUAAGGAGAAUCAAAGCUCAGCUGUUGGAUCUAGACAGAGUUUCAGUGCUCUACAGAGUGGACGCUUCUACUGUGAGGCUCACAAUCAACAUGGAUCUCAGAGAUCAGACGCUGUUACUGUCACAGAGCAUCACAGAUCCAGUUGGCAUGCAGCUUUGGGCAUCACAGUGGAAUGUGGAGUAUCAUUAAUCCUCAUUACCAUCAUUAUCAUCAUCAUCCUGUUCAUAAUAAAGAAACGGAGAAGUUUUAAAUCUGAAUACAUCACAAUGACACAGAUCUCUGAUUCCAAUGAAGAAACACAAAGACUUGAGCUCAAGUCCACAACCUCUGACCUGUACGGCACACUCACAACCGUUCAUCCCAGACCUCCUGAAGACUCCUGUACCACAAUUUUAUAAUGUUGUUGAUGAACUUCAGUCAGUCUUUCUUCAUGUAAUUGCCUGUUCACAUAAAUAGGAAGAUGCUGCAGUAAGAGGCGGGGCACAAUGGAACCAAUCCUGAGCUUUGUGGGGGAGCCACAGAUGAUUGACAGGGAUCAUUAGUGUUGAUUCACUUAAAUGUUUUAUUUAUUCAUAGUUUCAGAAACAUGAUGUAACAGAGGCAUUAAAGUAAUGUAAAAAGCUGGUGGAUCAUUAUUGGAUAUAAUAAAUAUAAACGUAGUUGGAUACAAUCUAACUGAUUUCGCAUUAUACAGCAUUAUACUGCUUUUGAAUCAGAAUUGAUCAUUUUACCCUGCAAUACUGAACAAAAUCAUAAUUGUGCAGCUUCGCAGUGGACAAUGUAUCAUUUUAUGGUCUCAAAGUCCUUGAUAUUAUCACCUUCUGUUAUUCUGUCUUUAGUGUUUCUGUAACUUUCCCCCACAGUUUUAUUUGUGAUCCUCUCAUAUAUGUUUGUACAAACCCUCAAACUACCAACAGAGGUCACCAUUGAUGUGCAUCAGCUGUAAAUAACAACUGAAAAUAUUUACAAAAUAAACAAAAUGUAUAUUCCA